AUUACCUUACUAACUACAAUUUUUGUCUUGUAAUUUGGAAUCAGUAACAAAUUGUAAGUAAUCUUCCCAGCACUGUCCACGGGAUGGUGCAAAAUCACACCUGCAAACACUGAGCCACAGCAACUCGUGUCCACAUUGGCCAACUCUGUCUAAACCCCCUGCUGUUUAACAUCUACAUUGAGUCAUGUCAGUUGCUUCAUCUUUAUGUUUUUGUCCUGUUUUAUUUUUUCUUCUUUCACACAUACAAGAAGCAAUCCCCAUUCCAAUUGUUCAGAGAUCUUUAAUCCAUCUUCAGAUCGGCUUAAUGCAGUGCGGCUCUAAUAGGAUCGCUGGUAUUAACCUCUGGGACAAUACCGCCAGCUGUCCAAGAGCCCCCUAUUGGCCAUGCUGAAGUACAGGGUAAGGGGGUGUGGUGGGGCAGAACGAAGAGAGACUGAGAAAGAAAGAGAGAGAGAGAGAGAGAGACAGAGACAGAGACAGAAGGAUAGUGUGUUAGUGACUGGAAAGGGUGAUGGGCUUUAGUAGUGACCAACGGUGGAUUGACAAGUGCUUUUUCUUGGAGGGAACUUCAUUAUCACCUUUUCUACAACCUGCUCUACCUUCCUUCUGUUUUUUCUCUGCAUGUCCGUUUCUUUUUGCCUUCUUGGAAGGUUUGUGCGUUCGGGUGUAAAAGGGUGUUUGUAUGGCUGAUUGAGCGGCCAGUGGACGUGUCACCAUGGCGUUGGGUGCGGUGUGGAGCCGCGUUAAAAAUGUGUGCCAACAGAACGGCCUCCUCAUCUUAUCAGUCUUGGCCGUGGUUAUCGGAUGCCUGCUGGGAUUCUUCCUGCGCUCCAAACAUCUCUCUGAGCAGGAGGUGAAGUACUUCCAGUUCCCAGGGGAGUUACUGAUGCGGAUGUUGAAGAUGCUCAUCCUGCCUCUAGUGGUCUCCAGUUUGAUGUCUGGUUUGGCAGCACUAGAUGCUAAGUGCUCCAGUCGACUGGGCAUCAUGACAAUUUCUUAUUAUCUGUGGACGACCUUUGUGGCUGUGGUGGUGGGCAUUGUCAUGGUCAUCAUCAUCCACCCGGGUGGAGCUGCCCAGAAAGAAGACUCAGAGGACAGCGGGAAGCCCAUCAUGAGCUCAGCUGAUGCUCUACUGGACCUUAUCCGCAACAUGUUCCCAGCCAACUUGGUCCAAGCAACUUUUCAACAAUAUCGCACGAAAAGCAUCCCUAUCAUGAAGCCUAAACCCACCAUCAGUCAGGACAUACAAGAGAUCACCACAAAACGGGUCUUCAUUUAUGGAAUCCAAGAUGACAAUGGCACAGACAUCCAGAACUUCUCCCUUGACCUGACGCCACCUCCCGAUGUGGUCUUCCGAACGCUUCCUGGCACCAGUGAAGGCAUGAAUGUCCUGGGUAUCGUGAUCUUCUCAGCUACUAUGGGUAUCAUGCUUGGAAGAAUGGGACCAAAUGGCAGCGCUCUCGUCAACUUCUGUCAGAGUCUGAAUGAAGCUGUGCUGAAAAUUGUGGCCAUUGUUAUAUGGUACUUCCCGUUUGGUAUUGUGUUUCUGGUGGCUGGAAAGAUCUUGGAAAUGGAUGACCCCUCGGCUAUGGGGAAGAAACUGGGCUUCUAUGCCAUCACUGUGGUCAUGGGGCUGGUGCUUCAUGGCCUGUUCAUCCUGCCUUCCAUGUAUUUCUUCAUUACGAAAAAGAGCCCCAUUGUCUACAUCCGAGGGAUUUUACAGGCCCUUCUCAUCUCAUUAGCUACUUCAUCCAGCUCUGCCACACUGCCUAUCACCUUUAAGUGCCUCCUGGAGAACAACCACAUCGACCGUCGCAUCAUUCGCUUCGUGCUUCCUGUGGGUGCUACUAUCAACAUGGACGGCACUGCGCUAUAUGAGGCCGUGGCAGCCAUCUUUAUCGCUCAAGUCAACAACUAUGAGCUGGACUUUGGGCAGAUCAUCACCAUCAGCAUCACUGCUACAGCAGCCAGUAUCGGUGCUGCCGGCAUUCCACAGGCCGGUCUGGUGACCAUGGUGAUAGUGUUAACCUCAGUGGGACUUCCUACAGAUGACAUCACUCUAAUUAUUGCUGUGGAUUGGGCCCUGGAUCGUUUCAGGACGAUGGUGAACGUGAUGGGUGAUGCUCUGGCCACAGGAAUCAUGGCACACAUAUGCAGAAAAGACUUUGUGAAGGAGGGUGAGGAGAUUCCUCUCAUCUGUGAGACCAAGCCUAUGAUCAGCAUCCAGCAGAUGAUGUCCUAUCAGAAAAACGGCUGCUUCCAGCCCCCUCCGACAGGCCCCAUGAGGAAACUCGAGCACCUGUCACCUGACGUGACCCGUCUAAUGCAGCUGGAAGAGGGCAUCAAGCCCACCGAUAAGAAGAAGUCCCCUCACCUGUCUCCACACCAUUACAAAAGAGACCAUAAAGACAAAGACCAUUGUACCAUUGACAUGAACGGUCUGGAGACCAAUGUCUAGACUCAUUCAGAGACCAAAACAAAGCUGCAAGAUGCCAGCCGUUCUGUUUCUCUACCUUUGGAUUUUGAGCACGUGUGAAUGUAGGGAAUCUGAAGCGAUCAGGGCCGUAAAUCUUUGGACCUGCUAUGGGGAUUUUCUGAACCCUGUUGACCCCCAGAUGGCUGAGCGUCUCAUUGAAACGUGUGGAGAAAGAUCGGUGUAUGUAUGAGUGCUGUUGUUAUUGUGUCCUUUCCAUGUGACCUACAGGAGAGAAGAACAACUAUCUUAAUGGACAGCUUGUCUGUGGAAUUUGGAUAUGUGUUGUUUUAUUCCAGUAUAUUAUGCUGCUGAGAUCGUCUUAUCUUUUUUUAUUUAUUUUUUUCAAAGCUUUGUCUGUCUUUCACUAACAGAGAGAGAGAAAAAAACUGUCCCCUGAAGAAAAUGUAACCACCAGUGAUCACA